AUGGCAAUUUUGCAAAACAAACCUCAUAAUCUUAAAACCAAUACAAACAGGUUCCUCACUCCAUCUUCUUCCUCCGCCCCUCGCCCGCGUGUCGCCUGGGGCCGGCGCCCCCCAGCUGCGAAAUUCGCCGCCGCAUCCAAGGACCUGCUCUGCCUCAGCCGUCCAGGAACUGCUCCACCGCCGCCGCCUAGGAACUGCACCGUUGAGAUCCCCUCCCGUCGCGAUCCCCUACGCGUCGCCGCCACCCAGGACCUUCCUCUGCCCAUCGUCCGUGUGUCAUCGGAACCUCCUGCCACGAUCCGGUGGACCAGGAGGUCCCACGCGCGCCUGGGUGGAGCUGGCGGAGCUUUGCCCGUGCUACCGCUCCUCCACUGCGCGUGCUCUGACCUGGACCUCGGUGGAGCUCUGCUUCUCCACUCCUGCUUCUCCCCUGCCGCCGGUGGAGCUCUGGACGUUCUGGUGCUGCUCCUCUGCCCAUGCCUGGUCUGGUGGGCGAGCGGCAUGGUGACGACUAUGCGGUGGGAGGCAAGAAGGUGGUUGCCCAGUGGGUUGGGAAAGAAGAAGUGGGGCUUUGCGGUUGGCACGAGCUGGCCGUUUUACAUCUGUAUUUACAUCUGCAAUGGUUGGUGAUGUAUAUUUUCAUCCGGUUUUGUUGUAUUUCACAUCACUUGAAGCAGAUGAUAUAAAAAUUUAUACAUCUACAUUAUCUGUUGAAGUAAC